AUGUUUACUAAAAUUGUUAGAACUACUCCUGUAUCAUCUUCUAGACUAGCAAUUGCUAGAUCUUUAAGAAAUGGUUAUGCAACUAAAGCUACACCAACAGCUGAUCAAGUUUUAAUCUCAAAGCAUGUUCAAGAUGUCGAUCCAGAGAUGCAUAAAAUUUUAACAAAUGAAAAAUUAAGACAAAAACAUUCAAUUACAUUAAUUCCAUCAGAAAAUUUUACUUCUAAAUCUGUAAUGGAUUUAUUAGGUUCGGAAUUUCAAAAUAAAUAUUCUGAAGGUUAUCCUGGUGCUCGUUAUUAUGGUGGUAAUCAAUUUAUUGAUCAAAUGGAAUCAUUAUGUCAAAAACGUGCUUUAGAUCUUUAUAAAUUAGAUCCAAGUAAAUGGGGUGUUAAUGUUCAACCAUUAAGUGGUGCACCAGCUAAUUUAUAUACUUAUUCUGCCAUUAUGAAUGUUGGUGAUAGAUUAAUGGGAUUAGAUUUACCACAUGGUGGUCAUUUAUCUCAUGGUUAUAGAUUAAAUUCUGGUACACCAAUUUCUUUUAUCUCAAAAUAUUUUCAAAGUAUGCCAUAUAGAUUAAAUUUAGAUACAGGUUUAAUUGAUUACGAUCAAUUAUCUUUAACUUCAAAAUUAUUUAGACCAAAAGUUAUUGUUGCAGGUACAUCAGCUUAUUCAAGAUUAAUUGAUUAUGAAAGAUUUGCUGAAAUUUCCAAAGAAUGUGGAGCUUAUUUGAUGAGUGAUAUGGCUCAUAUUUCUGGUCUUGUUGCCGCAGGUAUUAUUCCAUCUCCAUUUGAACAUUCUGAUAUUGUUACAACUACCACUCAUAAAUCUUUAAGAGGUCCAAGAGGUGCUAUGAUCUUUUAUAGAAAAGGUGUUAAGAAAGUUGUUAAAGGUAAAGAAAUUAUGUAUGAUUUUGAUAAGAAGAUUAAUUUCUCUGUAUUCCCAGGUCACCAAGGUGGUCCACAUAAUCAUACCAUCUCCGCAUUAUCUGUUGCUUUAAAACAAGCAACUACACCAGAAUUUAUUAAAUAUCAAAAACAAAUUGUUUCUAAUGCUAAAAGUUUUGAAAAAGCAUUAGAAAAGAAUGGUUUCCAAAUGGUUUCAGGUGGUACAGAUAAUCAUUUAAUUUUAAUUGAUUUAAGAGAAACAGGUAUUGAUGGUGCACGUUUAGAAUCUUUAUUACAAGAAAUUAAUAUUGCAGCAAAUAAAAAUACAAUUCCAAGUGAUAAAUCUGCUAUGUUCCCAUCUGGUUUAAGAGUUGGUACACCAGCUAUGACUACAAGAGGUUUUGCUAAUGAAGAUUUCGAAAGAGUUGCUAAUUAUAUUGGUCAAGCUGUCACUUUAGCUAAACAAUUAAGGGCUAAUGAAAAUCCAGAUAAUAAGGAUCAUAGAUCAAAAUUAAACAAUUUUAAAGAAUUAUGCAAGGAGUCUCCAGAGGUUCAAAAUUUGAGCAAAGAAAUCUAUGAAUGGGCUGGUUCAUUCCCUGUCCCAGGUGAACUGUAA